UUCAAGUUGGUGAGAUGUACAUCAGCACCACUGCAGUAGUGUUAUCAGAGACACUGAAGCUCUUCACGUGCGUAGUCAUAUUAUUUAUAUCUGAGGAGAAAGGACUGAUAGAGUUCACUGCUUAUCUUUUUCAAAGUGUCAUUGUAAAUUGGAGGGACACUUUGAAGCUCUCUGUGCCUGCUCUAGUCUACAUGGUACAGAAUAAUCUCCAGUAUAUUGCUGUCUCCAAUCUUGAUCCUGCAGUUUUUCAGGUAACUUAUCAGCUCAAGAUAUUAACAACAGCUGUUUUCUCCGUCAUUAUGCUACAAAAGACUCUGACUAGAACCCAGUGGGGGUCCCUGUUCCUCCUUUUUAUUGGUGUUACUCUCGUCCAGCUGAAACUAGCCUCGUCAAAC